UAUUGGCAUGCUUCUGUACAUGGCUUGUGACAUCCUUAGGCAAUCGUAUAUCAACUGAUUUGAAAUUGGAAUUAAGCUCUGCAUUGCAGCAACAUGUUUGGUCUGUGCGACAAGUGGAGUCACUCCUGAAUGAAACUAUUUCUGCAGGUUACAUAACAACACUUGCAAGGGGCUUCAUGCUUUUCUUGCCUGAAAACCCAUUAUGUGCUUUCACUGAAUUUUUAAUGGAGAGUGUUGCGAAGAAGAACUUCAAGGGAAGCAUCAAGAGCUUGAAAGCAUUCAAAGCUCAUUGGUUCAGCAUGAAGAUAAAUCAAUCAGUUACAACCUGUGAAGACUUGGAGGGUACAUUCCUCAACAAUGGAUACUGGGUUGCAUCUGUUGCAGUCAGUAUGGCUUGCAUUGCAUUAGGAAAAUGCUUCACUUCAUCCUAUCAUCAACUGUUAUUUAUUACCACACUCUGUGAGUCUUCAUUUACUGAACAUUUGCCAGUGAAUGUUCCUGACUUCCACCUCCUGGCUCAGCUGGCAGAGUGUCUGUCAGGAAGUGGCCUGCACGCAGACUGGGCUUCCCUCUGUAAGAAUAAGACCUGCUCAGAAUACCAAGCAGAAUUGCAGCAUUGCAUAGAUCAGCUCACAGAAGUUGGCAGAUACCAGCAGGGCAUUGAGUUUGUAACUCUUGUAGGACUGCCUAAAGAUUGUGUUAUGAUUGCUCAGUGGUCACAUGAAUUCGAGAACCAAGAUCACAUGGUGAGCCACCAGUCAGAAGGUGAUGGUACUGCUUUUUGGUACAGAUGCCAACAAGCAUUUCGUGAAGCUGGAAUUAGUCCUAAACGUGCUGUUGAUUUUUUCAAAGAACACUCAGAAAAGGCAUCAUCACAUAAAGAGAGGUACCACAUAUUGAAAAUGGCUCUAACAUGGCAGAGAGAGAUCCAGGAACAUGGAGAAAUGCACAGUGACUGUUCAUCUGAUAUGAACUAUGAAGAAGAUGUUAUGGAAAUGGAAAUGUGGAAAUGUUUAUUACAAGUGGACACAGAAUUGGAGGAGACAUUGCUGCAGAAUAUCCCCACUACAGCAGCAUCUAAGUUGCUCUGUAAUUUAAGAAGAGAGCUUCAGAAAGUUCCCAGAAUACCACGUGAACCAUUAACUGAUGAAGAACAAAUUACUCGCCUAAAUAUGUUAAUUGGCAGGUUGCUGGAUCAGGCAGAUGUGGCUACUGCAAGUAGACUAGAAGAAAUGUUCAGCCAUCGCAAUGAGGAUUUACAGCUCCUGUGGACUUGUAUGAGUCUGGCAGAGGGAGAAAUGACACCAUACCAACUGAAUGCGGAACACAGGAUGUUAUUGUCAGAGCCAGGAAGUAAAUCCAGUGGCACCUACAAACGAAGGGCUCUGCAGUCAGUGAGGUUAUCUUCUGUUUCAUCAAGUGGAAUUAAUUCUUCUGGGUUGUCACAGAGCCCAUUAAACCAAAGCAUCAGCUCGGAAUAUACAGAAAUUAAUCUCCGAGAUAAGCAAGAGACACUGUCAGUCCUGGAGAAACUGGUUGACCAUCUACAACAUGGAAGAAAACUAGGCACUCGCAUUGUUUGCUGUUAUCAUGUUUCCUUGAACUUGGACAAACCAUAUCAGGAUGUUUUGAAGUUGGAAGAUCCUUUGAGACUGUUACAUAGUCCUCUUGCUGAUGACAGCUGCAGCAAGUUAGUCGUGGCUAGUGACCUCAUGUUAGCUGCUCAGAUGAACAGUGAGGAGGUAUCGAGUUUUUUGUGUCAAGAAAUUAUUUCAGCUAUCAGAAACCAUGUAGAAGGUGAAACAAACAUAUUCUCUAGAGUCAGAAUGUGGGGCUGUGAUCUGGAUCUUAAUUUUCACCUUGUUUUGGAACUUUGUGAUGACUUAUCCAGUCUGGGUACGAAACUGAUGGCUGAAGCAACUCAACUUGGAACAUCACAUCUGGAGGCAUAUAAGGAAGUUGUGGAGAUACUGAUCCGGGCUCAUGAUUGCUAUACUGCAGCUUUGAAUAUGGAAGGUAUUGCAGCUGUUCUGCAUCAAGCGCACAUGCUCACGGCUAAUCUCUUGCAGAGGCAGGAGUGGGCUCUGAUGGUUCGAUUACUGACUGGAGUUGGAAGAUAUAGAGAAAUGAACUAUAUUUUUCAAAUUUUGAAGGAUAAUGAACAGUUUGAAUUUCUUCUUGGAAAGGGAUUGGAUAAGGUUCCAAAUCUGAAGUUAGCGGUACUAGAUUUUCUGAAGCGGCACUGUCCUGAGGAUCGGGAGCUGUUCCGGCUUGUGUGUCUUCACUUCUCAUUGUUCAGUGAAGUUGCAGACCUGUGGGAAAGUGAGGGACAUAGUAGAGUGCAUACAUUGCUGGCAGUGAUGACACAACAAGGCGCUGCACCCAUAUUGCUGACCAAUACAGAGGACACAAAGCACUGCCUCCACAUGGCAAUGCUCAGUUUCACACAUUCAGCUGAAUACUUUCUGCAGGCUAACAAACUUACUAGGGCUUUGACGGCAGCGCAUCAUGCAGAACUGGUUGCUUUACAAACAUUUCUUGUCAGUUCUGUUCCUCUUGGUCAGGGAGCAGACUGUCUUUUAGAAUUGGACUCUGCUGAAGUUUCUAAUAUUAUCACACACAAACUGAGCUUUCCACAGGCCUGCAUUGUGGCUCGAGCAUAUAGCCAUCCUGUAGAUUGGGGAGGAGCCCUGUAUCAGCACUGCAUUGUUCAGGGAGACGUGAGCUACCUCACAGACUUCAUGUACAACAUGCCUCUUACUUCAGCAUUGGUGGAAGAUGUGGCCAGAAGAUUUCAGCUGGAAGCAAAUAUUACCCAAGAGAUGGCUCAGCAGAUGAAGAAAUUUGUGUUGGGAAUAUCAGAUGUUGAAAUUAAAUAUCGUGUGGCCAGUCAGAUGGGCUUCCGAGAUGUCAUCGAGAGCUUACUGAAUGGUCCAGAGCUACCAUACCUGAAAGACACGGUAUGGCAGAGUGGAUUCAACAGGCAUCACAACUACCUUCAGUGAGAGCCACAUAUUAUAUGUAUAAACAAUUAUGUGUUGUUUUGCAUGAGCUGAGAUAGCUGUCUUUAAGUGACCAGAUAUGGACUGUGAUUUGAUUCCUGGGAAGGGUAGGAUUUUUGCUUUGCCAGAUAUCCACCCCCAGCUGUGAGGACAGAUUCCCCUCAUAUCCAGUGGAUACUGUAUAUGAAGCUUAAAUGUUUUUCUGCUUGAUAACUUGGUAAAUAUUUAUCAAAGCCAAAAAUAUUUUAAACAGACAUUAUAGAUAGAGUGAAACAUGUGUUUUAUAUUUGGAACACUUUUCUGUAAGCCUUAUCGCUUUCUUGAUUUUAGAAUUUUGUAAAAGUGUGACUCUUGAGAUGAGAACAAGAAUUUUUUCACUGUAAAAGUUUAUAAGCACCAGCUGCUUCUUCAGUACACUGCUAUUGUAUUUACUUGAAUGCAAGAUGUAACGUAAGAUAACCCUGCAUUGGGAAACAUGUCUACACAGAGGAAGUACUACUCUGCCCAAAAAGUAUCCGACCUUGGGCCAGGAAAACAAAGUUCUGUAUCUGGGUGGUUACAAUACCUAAUCCCCUUCAAA